GAACGCAGCCGGACAUUUAACGAGCACAGCCAUUUGAACUGAAUUCUACAGUAGAGAUCGCAACGUGUCGGAGAAACUUGUUUGAGAGGAAACAUUUGUCGCAUGUUUUAAUUCAUUUUUAUUUAAUUAAUUAAAUAUUAAAAAAUUAGGACAUUGUAUUAUUGCCGAGAAACGCAUUUUUCACGACGAAUCGUGUAAUUACUCUGCGUAAUUGCUGUAGUGGUAAAAAAUGGCUGUGAAAAACAUGCGACGUCGUACACGUGUGUCGUUGCGGAAGAGUAAGACGGAGACGCUGAAAAGCAACAAUCGGCAGUUACAAUGUGUGAGGGUUAAGGACAAAAGUAAAAAGACCCUCGUUAUUGCGCAGGAAAUCAAGUUCGCGCGACUAUUGGCCGAUAAUGAUAAAAGGACACGAGACAAGGUGUUAAGAAAUUUGCAAAAAUGGUUAACAGUACGUUCACAAAGUUCGUUUGCAUUUACAGAAAUGGAUUUUAUCAGUUUAUGGAAAGGCCUGUUCUAUUGCAUGUGGAUGAGUGACAAAAUGCUGGUCCAAGAAGAACUAGCGGAGUCUCUCAGUAAAAUAGUACAUUGUUUUAACUCGAAAGACACCAUCAUGCUUUACACAGCUUGUGCUCUAAAAACACUUGCCAUAGAAUGGUUUGGCAUAGAUCAGUACAGACUAGACAAAUUUUCUAUGUUAGUUAGAAGGAUACUGCGCCAAACAUUCGUAGUAUGCAAGGAUAAAGCCUGGGAUAUGAGUUGGGUGAAGGAAAUAUCUGGAAUACUUGAGAAACUUUUUCAAUGUCCGCAGACUAACUUGGGUCUUAGUCUACACAUAACAGAGAUAUAUCUGGAGGAGCUCGCAAAGAUCGGUGAUGGAGAUCUACCGGAAGAAGCUGUGGUUGAACUUAUUAGACCGUUUGUCGUUUAUUUAGCGACAACUAAAGAUGAGCGUCAAAUGAAACAUAUCAUGAAGCACAUUUUCAGGUACCUCAUAUUUCAAUCGGACGUAGGUAUCGAAUACAGGGAGAAAUUUGAAGCCUGGAGAGAUGCUGGCUUUCCUUGCACGUAUUUGGAUAACGUGAAAAAAGUAGAUGUGUCAGACACGGAAGAUGAUUCGGAGAACGAGGAUGAGCGGCCUCCCGAAGCUGAAGUUCUGAAACACAAAGCUGGUAAACCUUUGGAUCCUCGAGCGGGUAGAGUCGACGUGGAACUGCCACAAAUUCCGUUCAACCCUGCAGAGAUCGUCAAGUUACUUGUAAAUUAUAAAUUUUAUCCGCAAUCGACGGCCAAGUCGCGGAGGCAGCUCGCAAGGAUUUUGGAAGAGUAUAAAGAAUUGGCAGAGGGGAGGAUGCCUCUUGGGAUAAGGAAAGUUCGAAAUCCCGUUUGGCAGAAAGCAGAUAUGGAUCCGAAGAAAGCUGCUCUUCGCCUUAUCCAGUUUGAGAAAUCCCUGUACAGUGAUAAGGUGAACAACAAGAGAAAAAGAGACGAACGAACGAUUAAAAAAGAUGAUGCGAACACAGACUCAAAUACGGAGCCUCCUAAGAAGCGGCGAAAGAGUAAUUUAACGCGCGAUAAACUUGAUAGUAAAUCUGAAUUGACCGAAAACGGGGAGAAACCGGGGACAAAGAGCAUAUCUAAGAAAAGUAAAACGGUUAAGAAGAUCAAAUUAAACGGUACGAACGAUGCGAAAACAUCGAAUAGAAAUAUCGGCUGUGAAACUAAGGCGGCUGCGCUAAGCAAGUGGCAGGUGUCUGAUAGAUCUGCAGAUCAGUGUGCCUUGCCCGCGCCGAUCCUUCCGAGCAGCAUUUCGGCUAAGAAAACUCCGAUUAAGAAACCUGAAACCGCUAAGACGAUAUUGGAAAAUGGUAUUUCAUGCAAGGAUCAAGCGGUGGUGAAAAAAAAUAAACCGCCGAAUCGGACAAAACAGCAAACUAACUUGAACAAUUCUGCGACAGCGAAGAAGAAGGUGAAGAUCGUGCUGAACCGCAACACCGAGCAACACACGUCGGAAUAUAUUCAACAGGUUCGUAAAAGCCCGGCCAUACCUUUCGACGCGAAUAAGAAACCACUGGCCGGCGUGCUAAAAGCGAAUUUUAUACCGAGUCCGGUCAAUCCCUUCUACAAAAAGAGUUUACGAAAUUAAAAGUAGCUUUCACAAAUCUGUAUA